AUGACCCGACUCUUCCAAAUCGUCCGGCCCGCCCUCAAGCGCUCCUACCAGAUAAUCCCAGACGGAGAGGAGCCUCUCUACAGGGUCAAAAACUUGCCAUACCCCAUGAGCAACAAACCUGAUCUCGCCCUACUCGACGGCCCCGACGACACCGCCCCCGUCCUGGUCGUGUGCCACAUGCCAAAGUUCUCACGACACUUCAAGGUUGGAUUCGGCGAUCCCGCAGGCCCUGAGCCCAUCGUAUGGGAAGACUUCAUCAGGCCCUCGAUGGGCAGCCGCGAGCGCAGGAUUUCCGUCUCCUUCUCUGGCGACGGACACAUUGUUGAGACGGGCAAAGGCGAGCGCGAAGAGUUCACCUGGAAGCGCACCCGUCAUGCCAGCGUUCCAGGCAAGAAGCUUCACUCGGCUAGCCUGCGGAACAGGAAGCUCGUCGACAGUCAGGGCAACAUACUCGCGAUUUUCACUCACGUGACGGCCAUCGGAGUGGCUGGAUGGCUUCAGAUCCAAGUCGAUAGAGGGCGCGACUUCGAUCUCAUGGUUAUGAUGACGGCGCUGUCUAUCCAUGAGUGGAUAAGGCGACGACAGUAA